AUGCUCGAGCAAACCCCCGUUACAGUCACCCAGGAGGCUUCGCACAAGGCAGCACCGUGUGCAGGUGGUUCGCUGCAUAAAGCUUCUGCGGGCGCGGGCGCGGGCGCGGGUGGGGGAGCGGGAGCGGGAGCUGCUACUUCUGCUUCCCAUGGUCAUGGUAAAGGGCGAGGGAAGGGGAGCAAGGGAGGAGGUGGCGGGAAAAGGAAAGGUAAGCCCAGUGGUCGUGUCGGAGCGGAGGACGGUUCAAAAACAGCAAGACACUCGCAGGACCUAGGACUACCUCCUAGGACUGACGAUCAGGCUACGCCUUGCACACCCAGGACUGACGGUUUUGACGGCUUUCCUGUGGACAAGGCCGGUACGCCGCCGCAGCUCGUUGGGAAGCCUAGGGAGCUGUCAGCGGGUCCUCCUCUGCCCGCCAUCUGCUUCAAGCGGUGUGAAGGCAUGUGGACGCGGCUGGGGCGGCAGCAGAGGGCGGCUGGGCGAAUCGAAUCUGCCAUCAGGCUCUUUUCCUCCUCCUCGCCUUCUCCGUCCCUUGGAGCUGUAGUAGCAGCGCCCACAGCAGGGGUGGGGGGGGAAGGCGGGGAAGGAAGGGGGGAUGGAAGGGUAGCUCAGGUGGGAGUGGGGUUUCAUGACAAAACAGGCACCACUGCUGCUGUUGCAGGUGGCGGCAGUAGUGGCAGCAGUGGUGGUAUUGGGGUUGAGAGCAGAGUAGCGGAGUGCCCGGCGCUGUCUAGAGUGGAGAGGGUGGAGCGGUGGUGGAGGGAGAAGCAGGGCUCUGGUGGCGCGGAAGCAAAGGCGCUUCAGGGCGCCGUGUGCCUUGCAGCUAAGGCCGAGGCCCUGUCAACUGUGAGGCAAGCAGAGGCAGCACGGGCACACUUCUCCCAGCACCACCUCAUCCGCAUCAUCCACCGCAACAGAGCCUCCCUGCACCCCUCGUUGCUUACCGCCCGCCACUCCGUCUCCCGCCACCUCUGCUCCGCCCCUGACUGCAGCAGCAGCAGCAGCAGCAGCAGCAUCGUCGGUCCUCUCAUUGACAGCAGCAGCAUCAGCCCUGCUAGUGGCGCCAACUUGUGCUCUGCAAGCGGCAGCAGCAGCAGCAGCAUUGCUCCUGCUAAUGGCGCCCUCACUGUCCCGCGUGCACUCCUUCUGGAUGGGCUGUUUUUGAAUCCCUGCUCCCAGUGCGGUCCGCCCAUUGCCUUCUCUGCCCACUCCUGGGACCGCCUCGGCCGCUCCCCUGUUGGACCCUGGGUCGCCGGCCUCCUUGCCCUCAUGGACCUCGCUCCGCUCCUUGCUGCUGCAUCUGGUGGCGCUGCCACUGGUGGUGGGAAGAGGAAUGGUGCUGCCGCUGGUGCUGGUGCUGGUGCUGGUGCUGGUGAUGUGCCCACAUGGUGUGAAUCAGAGAAGCUGCUGCAAUCGUGCUGGGGUGCUUCUGCCUCUGCUGCUGCUGCUGCUGCUGCUGCUGCUGCCACCUCUCCUUCCUCGGUUCCUUCUCAGACCCCUUGCAUACUCCCUCACACCCUCCUAUCCCCGCUGACCGAAGCCUCUUCCAUGCUAAGCAGGACACGGAUGCGGAUUGCGUCCGCUGUUGAUGCUUCCCUGCGGACAGCCCUUCAGCUGGAGCUGCUGCAGGGGGAAAGGGAGAGCAAGGGGAGGGUGGGAGGGGAGGGGAAGGGACAGGGAGACUGUGGGAGCAGCAGCUGCAGUGGUGGGCAGAGCAAGGGGCGGAAGCGGAAGAAGAAGAAAGGGAAGGGGAAGGAUGGCGGGACAGGGGAUGCUGCCGCUGCUGCUAAGGAUGAGGCUGCUGAAGAGGAGAGUGUAGAUGGCAUGGGUUGCAGAGAAGAGGGUGGAGUGGAGGGUGGAGUGGAGGGUGGAGUGGAGGGUGGAAUGGAGGGUGGAGAGGCAGUUGCAUGCACUGGCAAUUUGCUUACAGUGGUGCAACAGCAGGGUAGCGAAGCUGUGAGUGCGCUUCCUGCCUCUGAUGUUCUGCCUGGGUCACUGGAAGGUGGUGGUGGUGGUGGUGGUGGUGGUGGUGGUGGUGGUGGUGUCGGCGGUAGUGUUUUUGAUGGUGGUGAUGGUGGUGAGUGGCGUCUGGUGUGCAAGAAAGGAGCAGCAGGGGGUGGCGGCAGCAGCAGCGCCAGUGGUGGUGGCGCGGGUGGUGGUGGUGGUGCUGGGAAUUGUAUUCAAAAGCAACAGCAAAGGCAAGGGAAACGGAUAGGAGGAGCCAGAGGUGGAAAGGAGGUUCGGAGGGAGUUGAGUUCUGCGUCUUCUGCUGUGCAAGCUUCUGGUAGCAAGCCUGCAGCUGUUGAAGGCUCAGCAGUUGCUCUAGCCUCGACACCUGCAAUGCCUGCAGGUGCAGCAGCACAAGGGGUAACGUCAGGGGCAGCAGCAGGGGCAGCGGCAGGAGGCGGAAGCAGCAGAGGCACUUGUGUUAUUGCAGAGGUGACUCGUGCAUGUGCUUCACCUCCUGCUGCUGCUGCCCCGCACCCUUCAACUUGUGAUGCUGGCGCAGUGCCUUCCCUGCAUGCAUCAACAUCAGCAACAGCAGCGCCAGCAAGAGCAAGAGCAGGUGCAGGAGCAGCAGCAGCAGCAGCAGCAGCAGCAGCAGCAGCAGCAGCAGCAGCAGCAGCAGCAGCAGCAGCAGCAGCAGCAGCCGCGUCAGAGAGGUCAGCUCCAUCAGCUGCAUCACAUGGAAGCGGCGCUGCUAGCAGCAGCAGGCUGGCCCGUCCCUCUCAUAACUCUUCCUCCCCUACCAGUCUAGUCCUCUCGCUCUCAGCAUUCCCCCCUCUCCCCCUGCUGCAACUCCCAAAGACCAGCCAGGCCACGCCCACAGACCCCUCCCAGGCCCUCCCCUUCCUCUCGCCUCUCAUGCGCCGCUCCCGGAGAGAAGCAGCGCAAAACAUCCCCCCCCUCUCCUCCUCUCCACCUCCCACAUCUUCCUCCUCCAGUCCCACGUCUACCUCCCCUGAAUCCCCCUCCCCUGCACCUCCCUCCCCUCAGUCACUCCACUCAGGCUCUAUCACCCCUGCCAGCAUGGGGAUAGAGCCUCCUUGCAUGCACUCACAGUUAGUGCCUUCACCAGGUGCCCCUCCUGCUGGGACAAACGGGCCUGCAAUUGGCCCCAGCAGCGAUUCAAAUGCUGGCAGGCAGGCACAGUUCGUGCCUUCACCAGAUGCCCCUCCGUUCUUCCCAGCAGAGUCACCAGAUUCGGUCUCAGUGCAACCACAACCCCAUCCGCCACAGCAGGAGCAGCCCCGCCAGGAGCCUCCCUCUCAGCAUCAGUUUCCCCCCAUGCGACUCCCCUUCUCCCCCCAACACGCCACCCGCCUCUCCCCACACCACGACAAAGCAGGCUUACUAGGCCCUUGCCCCCCUCACUUGCACCCCCUUGAUCUACACUUCCCUCACUUCCACCCCUCUCACUUCCAUCCCCUCCCACCUGACCUGCAUCCCCUGCACCCCGUGCUCCCCUCCUCUAUCUCCACCUGGGCUGCAGAGCCUGCCUGGUCGCGCCCCUAUUACUACGACUGCCUCUCAAACACUGCCUUUGAGGCAGCCCCAGCUCCAGCUCCUAUACCACCACACGGCCCACACCCACCAUACUCCUCCUAUGAAUGCGGCUCAGACACUGUCUCGGUCGAUGAGCCGUUUCAGGCGUUUCACGCGCGCUACCCUGGUGUGUUGGGCCCGCCUAGGGAGCUCCUCCACGUGCCAGAGCCCCCUCUCUCCUACCCCGCUCCCUCUCACGCCGCACUCCCCCACCAUGUCUCUGCUUUUGAGUCGACUCAAAAGCAGACUCACACCGCACUCUCCCACCACCAUGUCUCUGGCUGGCACUCAGGCCAUCUCGCCCACAACCCUCACCCCGCCCAUCAUCCCCAUCUGCCUUAUUUUCCCAACCUUCCCCACCUGCCUCACCUACCCCAGACUGCCAGUUGCGCCUCGUCAAGCCCUACCCAGGACCAGCCACACGUGCACCAUCCCUCCCAGUCCUCUGCUGGUGCCCCCCUCGCCGUCGCCUCCCGUGUUCCCCCUCACAGCCUGCCUGAGCCAGUGGUUGUGGCGCCGCCUGUGGUCCCUGAGGCCGUUCCCAGGGAUGGGGAGGAGCGGGAGGAUGGGAGCUUGUUGGGAAGGGAGGAGGAUGCGGAUCUUGCAGUGGGGAUUGUCGAGGGAAGGGGGGUGGGGCUGGCAUCGGGUGGACAAGCAGGGCCAGCAGGGAUGGGAACGGAGACAAGAGGGGCGAAUGGCACAGGUAGGGGAGGAGUGGAGGGAGAGGGAGCAGCUGAUGUUGGCGAGAGGGAGAGGGGGGAAGCUGGUGGUGGUACUGCUGCUGCUGCUGCUGCUGCUGCUCCGGGCCACCACCAUCCGCAGUUGCGCAUCACUGGCGACGGGGAGUUUGAAUUCCAGGGCCAGGCUCCUCCUGCUGACAACGCUUCUGCUAAUAACGAGGAUAACUCCUCCGAAACGGCAGUGCAAGCCCCUAGCACGCCCUUAUCAACACCCUCCAGACGCACCUCCUGCUGGGCUAGAAGCAGCAGGGCCAGCCAGGAUGGGACGGAGGGCAACGAUGGGGAUGGGGAUGGGAAGGGGGCAGCAGGCGAGGGCACUGAGGAAGGGGAGUCAGAGGACUGGUCUUUGGAGAAUUUCACAGAUGAUUCGUUAUUAGCAGGGGAGAAUUACCAGAUGUUGGAGGAAGAUUUUGCCGAGUUUGUGGGCGGUGCGGGCGACAGGGGGUACUUCUCUGAGGACGAGAGCGUUCCGCUGGUAGCCCAGCGAAGAGGGGUGUUUUACCCUCGAAAUUACCGGUCGGGGAGGGGCAUGUACGGAAAAGAGGCCAUGCAUGGAGCCAUGGGGCCAGCGGGAAUGGGGUGGGGCGGGGGGGCUGGAAUAGGGGCGAUACAAGGCCCGUCGGGACACAGAAUCCCAGGGAUGGGGGCAGGUAUGCUUGGGGGAGGAGCACCUGAGGGAGGUAUUCUUGGGGGUAGAGGUCCUGGUGGCAGCAGCUGCGGGGCUGAAGGUACACGUGAAGAGACGCGAUUCUCUUAUGAUGAUAACGAUGUGGACUAUAGGAAUGUGUUUGGCGGAGGGGUGUUCUACUGGAACAUGGCGGAUUACCGCGGGGCCAGUGCGAGCGGCGGCGCGUCCCGCACUGGGUCGUCUCUAGGGUCGGAGGACAGCUCGUGGUUGAGACGAGAGGCGGAUGUGCGGUUGAUUGUGGAUGAUAUAGUUCUAGGGUUCCCGAUAUCAGGGUCGAUUUCGGGUUCGAUUUCGGGGUCGUAUCCGCCAGGUAUGGGGCUGUCUACUGCUGCGUCGACUGAUCGGUCGAGUAUUCCGUCGCCCAGCUCCACUGCCUCUGGCCCGUUUGAUAUGCGCCACGCUUCUCUCUCCGCUGCUGCCGGUGCUGGGAUUUUGGCUGGUGGUGGUGGUGCUGCUGCUGCAGCGGCGGCAGUCUCAGGAGUCGUUUCUCCGCGUUUUGAGCUGGGUGGUGGUGGUGUGGGGGGGGCAGGGAGAGGGGCAGGAGGAGGGAGUCGGCUUGUGUCGUCAGGAAGUGGAGGACUCGUGUUGUGUGGAGCUGGCCCCGUUUCCACUGGCACUGCUACUGGCGCUGGUAACAUCGCAGGCAACUCUGGCAGUGGCAGUGGCGGUGGUGGUGGUGGCAGCAGCGGCAACGCGGGUGUGUUGAGUGGGCGUGGAGGGGCGCAGCAGCAAGGGCGGCCUCGGGGAAUGGGGUUGGCUCGGUCUGAGAGUGAUCCGGUACGUGUUCAGGGGCAGAGGGGCAACGGAGCUGGUGCUGCAGUUGUCGUUCGGAAGGGUGAGAGUCCAGUCAUGGAUCGUGGUGAGAGGGAGGGUGGUGGGCGUGCAAAGGACGCAGGCAGUGCAGGCAGUGCUGGCAGUGAGUGCGUCACUGCGCAAGGGGAAGCGCAGAAGAGCAGCAUUGCGCAUCCUACUGGAGCAGCCGGGGCGGGUGCUACUGGUGAAGCCGCUUCUGACACUAUCAGAAGCACCACCAACAACAACACCAAGCCUUUCGCCGCACCUACUCCAUCGCCUAUUGCCGAGCCCACGGCCAGUGCUGAUCCAGCUGCUUCGCGUAUGGAAGGGCAGGCAGGUGGUAGUGAUACAGGGCAAGGGGGGGCAGAAGUUGCAGCGAUUUCAGCUGCAGCUGAGGCCAGGGGAGAAGCAGGGCGUGGGAGUGCGGAGCAGGUGGAGCAGGAGGAGCAGAUUCCUGGUGUGCCUGGUGGGGCAGGGGCGAGACCUGGGAGCUCUGGAGGGGAGGCAGGUGUGGUGGAGGGAGGAGGAUUGAGAAGCAGCAGCAGCACGUGCGUACGGGGAGAUGGCGAUGGGGAUGGGGAUGGGAAUGGCGAUAGGGAUGAGAUCGUGGACAUUCCAGAUACGGAUGGGCAGCAACAGCAACAACAACAGCAGGUGCGCCCUCCCCAACCUAUGCAGCUUCUACAGCCGGUACUUGGUGCUCCGGGUGGCGUUGGCUUUGCUGCUGCUGCUGCGGCAGUGGCGGCAGCGAGAGAGGCAGUGAUGGUGAGAGAGAAUGCUGCUGCUGCCACUGCUGCUGCUGGUGCUGCUUCUGCUGCGGCUGCGGCUGCGGCAGCAGCAGCGGUAGCGGCAGGGAUGGGGGGGGCGGUGGGGUUGCCUGUGGGUGGGCUUGGUGUGGGGCAGGGUGGGGGUGGCAGGGCGUUGUGGGGGUUACCCUCUCCUGCCGCCGCUGCCGCUGCUGCCGCCGCCGCUGCUGCAGCAGCUGCAGCAAUGGGUGCCGGGCAAGGGGCGAGUGAAGGUGGAGGAGGUGGUGGUGGUGGUGGUGGAGAGGGACUGAUGGGAGGCGUGAGGGCGAUGGGGAUGGGAGGGAGGGCGGUUCCUGAAGGAGUGAGAGCUCUGGUGCCACCUCUCGCUCUUGAUCCUGUCAAGAAGUGUUUUGAGACGUCUCAAAACACUUCUUCAAUCUCGAAGUGGAUUCACUCAACACACGCCUCUGCCCUGCACUCCGCCGCAUUCCUCCCUCCCCUUGCCCAAUCCAACCCCGGUGGAUCGCAGCUGCCGGGACGACCCCUCCUCACAACCGGCAUUAGCACCGGCAUCAUCCCGGUGGAUUGCUGCUGUCGAGGAGACCCCUCCUCCCAGCCCGCACUAGCAGCGCUGCGCAGCGCGCUGCUCGAACACCAUCUCCCAUUUGUCCCUGAUGCUGCAGGGUGUAUCAGGCUGCCCACCAUUAUCCCAGUGGAUCGCUGCUGUCACGGGGAUCCCUCCUCCCAGCCAGCGCUAGCAGCGCUGCACAGUGCGCUGCACGAGGAGAUCGAGGCGUUCUGCCUGCAGGUGAUGGCGGAGAUGCGCACACUGCCCACAGUCAUCCCGGUGGAUCGCUGCUGUCGGGGCGACCCCUCAUCGCAGCCAGCCCUAGCAGCGCUGCACAGUGCGCUGCACGAGGAGAUAGAGGCGUUCUGUCUGCAGGUGAUGGGGGAGAUGCGCGCCCGCAAGCCCUACCAGCUCGCCGCCAUCACCAAAGUCUCGCGCACGCUGCAGGUGCUGUGGCCGCGUUCCCGCGUCUCCAUCUUUGGCUCAAAUGCCACGGGCCUGGCUCUGCCAUCGAGUGACGUUGACAUUCUCGUGCACCUGCCGCCCGUCCGCAACCUGGUGAGAUACUCCCAUGCCACCGUCUCUCCCUUUCUUGUGCUGUAUGCUGUGGACCCUGGUGUCGCCCUGGCAUGCUCGCUCGCUCUGCCCUCAAGUGACGUUGAGAUUCUCGUGCACCUGCCGCCCGUUUGCAACCUGGAGCCGAUAAAGGAGGCGGGCAUCUUGGAGGGGCGCAACGGCAUCAAGGAGACGUGUCUGCAGCACGCUGCGCGCCACCUGGCGGACCAGGAUUGGGUGAAGAGCGAUUCAAUCAAGACCAUUGAGAAUGCCAUGGUGCCCAUCAUCAUGCUCGUUGCUCGCCUCCCUGCCCACACGUCCCGCCUCUCUGCUGACGUGGCACCCGCUGUCCUUGCUGACGUGGCCCCUGCUGCCGCUGCUGAUGUGGCUCCGGCUAUCCUUGCCGACAUUAGCCCUGCUGAGGUGGCCUCUGCUGAUGUGGCGAGUGCAGACGCAGGAGGUGGAGGUGGCACAAAUCUCACAGCGGUCACGACUUUUGAGUUGGCUCAAAUGUUUGACUCAACUCAAAAACCGGGGGUGUCACCGGUCACUGCUGCUAGCAGCAGCAGCUCAAGCCGGGUCUCUGCUACUGAAGAUUCAAUACUGGGGGAGGUGGAGGGCGGAGGGAAUGGGGAGGUGGUAGGGGAGGUGACGACACAAAAAGGGCAGCAGACAGAGGAGGGAGUGGGGAACGCAGGUGGGGUUUCGGAGAAGCCAGAGGUUGUUCUUGAGAAGGUGGAGGAAGGGUUGGAGAAAGCAGGUGGAGGAGGGAAGGGGGCAGCAGGUGGGAAUGUGCAGGUGCUGUUUGAGACGUCUCAAAAGACAGCAGCAGUAGCAGCAGCAGCAGCAGCAGCAGCAGCAGCAGCAGCAGCAGCAGCAGCAGCAGCAGCAGCAGCAGCAGCAGCAGCAGCAGCAGCAGCAGCAGCGGGGGAGGUGCAGGUGCAGGUGGUGAGGGGUGGGGCGAGGGGCCCGUGGGGGAAUGUGGACGACAGGCGCAACGUGCGUUUGGACAUCAGCUUCGAAGGCGGCUCACACUCGGGCCUGCGCACUGCUGAACUGGUGCGAGAGCUCACAGCACAGUUCCCAGCCAUCCCACCGCUCGCUCUGGUGCUCAAGCAGUUCCUCACAGACCGCAGCCUCGACCAUCCCUACACUGGCGGCCUCUCCUCCUACUGCCUCUUAUUGCUGAUAACGCGUUUCCUGCAGAUACAGCCGCACAUCGGCCGCCCGCCGCAGUGGCAGAACCUGGGCAGCCUGCUGCUCGACUUUCUGCACUUCUAUGGCUGUGUGUUUGACCCACGGCGCAUGGCGGCCAGCAUCAGGCUCGGAGGGGCCUUUCUCGAGCGAGACCGCUCCCAGAGCAUCGACCCAUUGCACAUUGAGGACCCCUUGGAUCCCACCAACAAUGUCGGCCGCAACUGCUUUCGCAUCCUGCAAUGCACCAAGGUGUGCACUACAUGCAUGGAGCCAACACAUUAUGAAUCCAAUGAACCAUGUUUCUGUCCCGCCUCUCACUCAUCUCUCCCGCCCCUCACUCAUCUCUCCCGCCCCUCACUCAUCUCUCCCGCCCCUCACUCAUCUCUCCCGCCCCUCACUCAUCUCUCCCGCCCCUCACUCAUCUCUCCCGCCCCUCACUCAUCUCUCCCGCCCCUCACUCAUCUCUCCCGCCCCUCACUCAUCUCUCCCGCCCCUCACUCAUCUCUCCCGCCCCUCACUCAUCUCUCCCGCUGCUGA